AUGGUGGAUGUCACAAGCUCUCUCCCAAACACAACUGACUAUAUCUAUGUGUAUGAUGAAGACACCUCACCUUGCAGUGGAGGAAAUGGUUUCAGCAAGUUCAGAUCACUUUUCCUUCCAAUCUUUUACUGCCUAGUCUUUGUCUCCUGCCUCAUGGGAAACACCUUAGUCCUAUGGGUACUCAUUACCAGGAAGAAAAUCACUACCAUGACCGACGUGUGCCUACUGAACCUUGCCAUCUCUGACCUGCUGUUCGUUCUCCCCCUCCCAUUUCAGGCUCACUAUGCUUCAGACAACUGGAUUUUUGGAAAUGCUGCAUGCAAGAUCAUGGCUGGCAUUUACUACAUGGGUUUUUACAGUAGCAUUUUCUUUAUAACCCUUAUGAGCAUAGACAGGUACAUAGCAAUUGUCCAUGUUGUUUAUGCUAGGAGAAUACGCACAGCUGCUUGGGGUGUACUCAUAAGCCUAGUCCUGUGGCUAGUGGCAGGUUUUGCUUCUGUUCCAAAUAUGGUGUUUAGCAGAGAAGUGGUGAUUGAACAAUCUGUGGAGUGUGUUCCUGAUUAUCCUCCAGGCCAGGAGACCUGGAGGAUUUUCACCCAGUUGGGGAUCAACCUCUUGGGACUUGUGUUCCCACUCAGCAUCCUCAUAUACUGCUACUCCCGUAUCCUGAAAAACCUGCAAUGUGUCAGGGUCAAAAACCGAAACAAGAUCAAAGCCGUCGGGAUGAUCUUCAUCAUUGUCAUCUGUUUUUUCCUCUUCUGGACCCCCUUCAACAUUGUGCUUUUUCUGGACUCUCUGCAGAUCAUGCAUAUCAUAAACGAAUGCGAGACAAGUCAUAGCCUGGCCCUGGCUCUGCAGCUAACUGAAACCAUCUCUUUCAUCCAUUGCUGCCUGAACCCAGUGAUCUAUGCUUUUGCUGGGGAGAUUUUUAAAGCCCACAUAAAAAAAAUUAUUCCAAAGCUGGAUCCAUGUCAUUCAAAAUACCUCUAG